AUGAUUUGCAAGGCAAGCAUCGCAUCAGGAUGGGCCAUACCGAGUAGGCCACCGUCUUUCGCUUGCAUAUCCGUUUUCUCCUUCCUUGCUUCUUCGGGCUCAGACAUCGAUAUUGCUAGUAUGCCUUCUAUUGUCUCUCUUACGGCGGCACUCACAUUUGUGGGUGCUGUUAUUGCCUCGCCGGUAGAGAAGCGCUCUGCUUUCUCUGUCGAACAGGUCCCGCAUACGACAUACCUCAAGAACGGUCCGGCACAGAAGGUCAAGACAUUACGCAAAUAUGGAAAGCCAGUGCCACAGAGCCUCUUGGAUGCGGCGGAGAGCCGUGACGCCGUUGGCGAGACUUUUACUGCUUCCGCUGUUGGUGAUGGUAGUGACCCUGCUGUGCCCAGUGACCAGUAUGACUCGUCAUAUCUCAGCCCAGUUACUGUUGGUAGUACCACCGUCGAACUGGACUUUGACACCGGUUCCGCUGAUCUCUGGGUCUUCUCGUCUCUUCAAGCUAGCUCGCAGUUGUCUGGCCACCAGUACUAUCAGGCGGAUGCCUCCAAAUUGAAGUCUGGUUACAGCUGGAAGAUUUCCUAUGGUGACGGCUCCGGUGCCUCAGGCAAGGUGUACGCGGAUAAGGUCGUCGUCGGUGGAGUCACUGCGACCUCACAGGCUGUCGAGGCUGCGACUUCAGUAUCUGCGCAGUUUAGUCGAGACAGCAACACCGACGGUCUUCUUGGUCUUGCGUUCAGCUCCAUCAACACUGUCUCGCCCGAACCACAGAAGACUUUCUUCGACACCGUCAAGCCUCAGCUUGCUGAACCCCUGUUCGCUGUCAACUUGAAGUACCAUGCAGCAGGAACCUACGACUUUGGUUAUAUUGACAAGAGCAAGUAUACUGGUCCCAUCACCUAUGUCAACGUCGACGACAGCCAGGGUUUCUGGGGUAUCAGUGCCACUGCCUAUGGGGUUGGAGGCACCACCACCCAGCGCGCCAUCUCUGGAAUCCUCGAUACCGGCACAACCCUCGUCUACACUGACACCGCCAUUGUCAAAGCCUACUACGCCAAGGUCUCAGGAGCGAAGCUCGACAAUAUCCAAGGCGGAUAUGUCUUCCCUUGCUCCGCGACUCUGCCCAAUUUCUCCAUCACUGUUGGUGGCGUUGCCCAGGUUGUUCCAGGCAAGCAUAUCAACUAUUCUCCAGUCGAUUCCAGCGGCACAACCUGUUUUGGUGGCAUUCAGACCAACGAUGGCCUCGGCAUGAGCAUCUUUGGUGACAUUUUCCUCAAGAGCAAAUACGUUGUCCACGAGGCGGCUCCCGACUCCCCCCCAAGAAUUGGCCUGGCUCAAUCGGCCAGCGUAUAA